AUGAUGUUACCUCACGUUUUGCACAAUAUUUGGGCGCAUGUCAGGGUGGAACGGCUUUGGUGGGCCGUUCGCGGCGGCUUAGCAUUGGCAUCCUCCUGUGAUCCUGUUUUGGCGCUUGUUUUCAAUCUCAUCAUGCUGUCCGGAUCCGAUCCUCCCGUGGAAUGCUUAUAUCUGGAUUGUGACUUGCUCAAUACCGUAUCCCCUUUGUCCUUGAUUGGCUGCAGUGGCUCCUAUGGCUCCGGAUGUCCUCUGCUCUUGUCGUGCGUCAGAGUUAUGGUAAUACCUGGGCAGCCCGCCCAACGAUUGGGGUAG